UCUCGGGAUAGCACAGCCCAAAACAGCCUUGCGCAGCAUGCAGCACCAACGAAAUCUUGGUAUGGCAACCUGAGACAGCUGCGAUUAUCCCGUAACUAUCCCUCGUUGCUGUCCUUAAUUUUAUUUACAUUCUCUUCUCCUACUACCACCACCAGCCAUGGAAAAAAACACCGUCACUUCCCAGCCUCGCUCAGAGGCAAUGGAUGUCUACCAUGACUUCCGCCUCGACGAGGAAGCCAACACUCCGUGUCACCGUCAUUGCCACAUUGCCCGUCUUCGUCAGCUCCUUAUCCCCGUGGUCCUCUCUUUUUUAGCCUUGGUUGGUGUCUUGGUGCUGUCGCCGUUCGACAUUACGGGCGGACACUCGCUUUUCUCGCGUGCGCUGGACAACACCGGAUCAUCGACUGGCAGCAGUUCGUUUGUUGACAAUAAGCUAUACCUCAUCGUUAUAUUCGUUGGUCUUCUCGUCGUAGUAAUAUUAGGUAUAUGCUUGAGUUUCUGGUGUUGCAAAGGGGCCUUUGAGAAUCCAUGUUGCUGUCCUUGUUAUCUCUGCGCUUGCUGUGGUGGUCUUGCGUGCCUGGAGUGCAUAGGUUGUGGUCUCUGUGCAGCGGGGGCCGAGGCUAUAUAAUCAUAUACCCCUCCGUCUUCGUUAUGUUGCAUCUCGAUGUCCCAGGCCCUCAAGAACAAGUCUAAAUAAUCAAUGACUGGUCGUAAAUACAUCAAUGGGGUACAAUUAUGCGUGCAAGGGUAUAGA